AUGAAUUUACAACGACUUAGUAUUAAUAUUGGACGAAAAAGUAUUAUUUCAUUUUUUGAUAUACUGGUUCUAGUGAAUUUGGACAGUUUGUGAAAUCGGAUUAUAAUGAAAUAAAUUCAUACCCUGGUUCUUUACUUCUACAAAGAGCAUCUACGAGUAUAGCACUUAAACAAAACGAAUCAGAUCCACGACGACCAGAUGAAUAUUUACUGGAAGGUGACAACAAUCUCAGCAUCAUCAAUAACAAUAAUAAUCAAAGCAACAAAGAAAUUGAAAGUAACAUAUCACGCUUCAAUGAGUAUAAGUCGGUUAAAAGUAAUGUGUUAAUUUCUAGUAACAUGAAAUUAUCUCCUCAAAAACCUGUAGCAGAACAACAAAUUGUAAAUGUAAAUGAAGCAGAACUAGCUUAUGAACAACAUAAACGAAUGAAUCCUAGACAGAAAACUAUGCGUUCUAAUCAGAAAAGUCCAGGAUUUCUUACUGAAGAUUAUCCGCAAACAUCCUUGACUGGUGAUUAUGGCUAUGAAAGUGAACCGAAAUCAUUUACUUGUACAGAUGAAGUAAAAUCUCAAAAAUUAUUUCCAGGUUAUAAUCCAAAAUCAUUUUCAUCAGCAAUAAGAAAUUCCCGCGAAAAAAUGAAUGCAUCCAAUCGAAUGAAGAUGAUGUCAAUGGAAGAAACUGAAGAUGAUGAUGCUGAAGGAGUUAAUAAUAAUAAUAUUAAUAAUAACUAUUAUAUACAAGAAAAUGAUAAUUAUCAAGGACAAUAUACUUAUAAUACAAGUUAUUUACGUUGGAAUAGUUCAAAUCCAACAAUCUCACAAAAAUAUGCUUAUAAUUUAAGUUCAGCAAGUCGUAAACCAUGUUAUAAUGAUGUAAUGUCACAGUGUCCUACACAAACAACAAACUUAGAAGAUACAGCAAAAAAAAAUCCAUUAUUAUCUACAAAAAGUUUUUCAUUGGAUGUACCACGUUUUGAUCAACCAAAUGAUUCUAAUUUAACUGGUUCAGGAGGUUCAAGUCCAGGGCGUUAUUCUGAAGGAUUUCGAAAAUCUCCAAUUGUAAAACAUCAUCAAUAUCUACCAUCUAGAGUUUCACCAUCAUCUUUCUCUCCAAGAAUGAAUGAACCAAUGUUUUAUACUCAUGCAACGAAAAAUAUUCCUUAUGAAGAAAAACACAUGACGGAUAUUCAUUAUCCUACUCAAAUAAAUACGAAAGAUUCAUACAAUGUUGGCUCCUCAUAUCCUACAAAUUUGAAUGAAAGAUCACCUACAUCAGGAAGACGUAGAAUCUCACCAUUUGAAAACUAUUCAUCUCGUCCACGUUUAACAAAUACAAAUAGAAUGUUGCCGAAACCAGACUGCAAUUGACCAGUCACUUGUUGGUAUAUGUGCAUUCUGUACGGAUUGCUUCGAUAUUGCCUUAAGUCACAAACUUUAUAAACAAAAAUGGAUGCUGGCCAAUCAAUUGCUGUCAAGAAGAAUGUCGAAAACAUGAUUGAUCUUUGUUAAGGAAAGUUCUACCAUAUUCUUCAGUCUUGAGAGUACAUUUUCGAACUCAGUUAUUACAUAAGUUUUGUGUCAUUAUUUAAUUCAUCAACUAAUUGUUAACUACUUCUUAUCAACAUUUUUAUAUGACUUGUAUUAAUAUUGAACAUUUAGAAAUCAAAAUUAUACCGACAAGAGAAACUUAGUUGACCUCUUCUUUCAUCAUGAUCUUAAUCUAUAGAUUCACAAAAUCAUUAUCCUUUCCCCUGUUUCAUUCUUUAUUACCAUUUUCAUACCCAACUGACUUACUUCUGUUUUUAUGCUCUUUUUGAUUAGAUUUCAUUUGAUCAUGUUACGUAACCCAUUUUUACAAUUAUUAUCAUUAUUAUUUAUGUUCUGGCUAAAUAUCCAUGUUUCUAACAACUGCACUUUCAAUUUCAGAUUAAUCGUUUUAUUAUUUUCUUUUUUGUCAUACAUUGAUCAAGUUGUAUCCAUUAAAUUUAUAUUCACAUGUAUACGUACAAAGAAUAUUAUUGUCUAGGAACUAUCCCCUGAC